AUGAUCGUGAGGGAGCCGGACGGCCCACCACCGGCCAAGAAGCGCAGGGCCGAGGCGCCAGAGGCGCCGGUUGACGGCCUGUCCGAGAAAGACCUGGUCAAAUGCAGCAAGACCAUGAGCUACUGGCUGCGGCAUGCCACGGCGGCAGUGGACGCCGGUGGCUGGAUGGCCAUUCAUGAUGUCGCUGAGAAGUGCGGCCAGAGCGUGCUUACCGUCAAGACGGCCGUGGCACGCGACAACAAAAACAGAUUCCAGCUCUCGGAGGACGAGUUGUUCGUGCGAGCGCGCAAGGGACACUCCACCUCCAAGGGCAAGAAGUGCGCCGGCCCUUCCGGCAACGGGGAAGUGGAAUGA